UUCUGCCUCAGCAACAAGUGGGGCAUCAGACUGAUGUGGAUCGGGGUACUCGGAGAGUGGCUCAACUUGUGCCUUAAAUGGCUGUUAUUCGGGGACAGACCGUACUGGUAUGCUGUUGAAAUGGCCCAGGCUCAUCCCAACGUCUCUGUACCCUUCACCCAGCAGUAUCCGAUGACGUGUGAGACCGGACCUGGUAACCCGUCUGGCCACGCUAUGAUUACUGGUGCUGUCUGGUGCGUGCUGGCAACAGCAUUGCUUAAGAAACUGGAGAAACAUAUUUGGUCUGACCAGAAGAGAUGCCCUACGCUGGUCUACACGGCAGUUUGGUCAACCUUCUCCAUCUGCUAUCUGCUCGUCUGCCUGUCACGACUCUCUCUAGCUGCUCACUUCCCACACCAGGUCCUCGCUGGCGUCAUCUGUGGGAUGCUGCUGCUGGCUGCCAUGUCAACCGUUGCGCUGUCAGCGGUGCGAGUGCGCACCUACAUCAUUACGUCUGCCCUGCUGCUGGCUGGAGCCUACGGACUGUACGUCUUACUGAGAUUGGUCGGCAUCAACCCGGACUGGUCCGUAGUCAAGGCGCUUACAUUCUGUGAUAACCGAGCCUGGGUGCAUCUUAACACGGCACCUCUGCACUCCCUGGCCAGACUGUGCGGUGCUCUGCUUGGCCUCGGGCUGGGCCUGUACGCCCGCGAGCACACCAACACAUACCAUGAGAGCCAGCAGCACAAGCGCAACCACCGACACGCGUUGGACAUUAGGAUGGUGUCGGCCGUGUUGGCUGUCUUCCUAUACAAGUGCGCCGAGUCAAUACCGCUGUCACAAGACCCGAUCGAACUGUUCUACGUGGCAGCGUUCGUUAAACACACCAUCGUGCCUGUGCUGGUCGUUGCUGUCGUGCCCGUGGUCGCUAACCACCUCCUCACCUGCUUCUACAGCAUCCCGAAGAGCAAGUUUGCAAGCUGA